ACCACGUCACUCGUCAUGCACGUUAAACCAUGCAUCGCCUUUUCUCCGUUCCAAGGCGGAGAGAGAGAGAGCCUCGUGCAUGGCGCAUGGCGCAUAUGUGGCUGGGGAAGGGCCGCCUAGAUCGCAGUCUUCUUCUUCUUCUUGUUUUUCCUUUCCUUUCUUCCCUCCUUCACGUUUACUUGUCGAGUGCUUCGUGUUCGCGGGCCCUGCGUCUUCCAUCCUACACAUCGUAUCCCCAGAUCGAACAAGACGGACCCCACAACCCACGUUCUCCCACGUUUCCCACGCACGUCCCUCGACUUACCUCGCGCACCAAAGCAACCAUGUGCCUCGUCAAAGUAAAACCAGAAGAAGACGUAAUAGUCCCCUACCGCGUAGUCCAGCAACACCACUCCCCGCCGCGUCGCCGCGCCUCCCACGCCUCCGCCCGCCGCUCCUCGCGUACAGAAGUCGUCCGCGAACAGCGCACACACACGCGCGACCGCGACCGCGAAUCCCCCCGCCCAUCAGCCACCUACCUCGCCAAGUCGUCGUCGUCCUACGUCGCUGUCCCCGCGCCCGCGCCGCUGCAGAUUCCUGCGCCGCAACCUGCGCCUGUUUUUGUUGAACCGCCGCCCCCGCCGAGGAGCGUGUAUGAACCCGCCCCGCCGAGGAGUGUAUACGACGCCCCUCCCCCGCGCAGCGUCUACGAGCCCGCCCCGCCGAGGAGUAUCUACGACGACUCGCCCCCGCCGCCACCGCGGAGCUACCACGACCCACCAGCUCCGCCACGCAGCCGCCACGGCGCCCCGCAGUACGUCGAAGUCGAGCCCCCGCCGCGCAGCCACUACGGCGGCGCGCAGUACGUCGAGGUCUCGCCCGAGUCCAGCGCGUCGAGUCGUAGUUCGAGUCCCGCGCAGAGCGAGUAUGUGUAUCGUGAGCGCGAGGUGCGGAGGGAGCGGAUGGAGCGUGGGCCCGGGUACGAGCAUUAUAGGUAUGUGGAGGGGGCGGGGGCGCCGAGUGAGGGUGGCCAGCAACAGCGGAGGCAGCGGAGUCGGAGUCGCGGGGCGUAUGAGGAGCGGAGUAGGGCGGGUGGGUUUGAGGGCGGGUAUCGUGAGGAGAAGAUGAGGGUUAGUAUUGGGGAGGAGGGGCGGAGGAGGGGUGGGUAUCGGUGA